UCUCCGGCUCAGUGGAGCGUCCGCAGACAAACAGCUCUGACAGCACAGGAGACGCUUCAGCUGACAUCCAGCAAAAAAAAAAAAAAAAAAAAAAAAAGUUCCGCGGUCUCAUAGGAGAGCAGCGACGGCGGGCUGCGAACGAACCCACACUGCAGUUGUUCACGGAAAUGUUUCACCUGAAGUUGUCCUUCGGACGGUGAAAGUUGGAGAGUUGGAGAGGAAGGACGCAGCAGGGAGACGCUUCAAAUGGAGAGUGGCUGAAUCACCCCAACUGGAUCUGUAAAGUUUCACAAGGACGUAGCUCCAGUGUGAGGUGGCAUGUCAAACCGUGACUCGCUGGGCUUCGGGGACCUGCUCCCCCAGGAUGUGGUGGACAUUUUUUCCCAGGAGAAGCACAGCAAAAGGGGCCAGAAGAAGCGCAGUCGCUCCCUGGGACGAGCUUUGGGCUGGCUGAAGGGUAAGAAGAGGAAAGAUCUCGGCACCAAUGGGUCGAACCCGGGCCUCGGUCCUGCUUUUGACCUGGCUUUGGAUGGGAAUCCUGCUGGGCAUCAGGGUGGACACAAGGGAGGACAGAAGGCAGAGGUCAAGAAGGCAGGGGGACAGAAGUCAGGAAGACAGGCCCAUCAACAGGGAAACAGUCAUGCUGACCCAAAGCGAGAUGACGACAAGACCCCCGCACCCCCGUUGUUCCAAGAGAAUGUGUUCAUUGAGUCCAGCCGGUCCAAGUACCUGGAGGACCUCCACACUGAGGCCCUGGAAGGAUUGAAAAUGAUGCAGCAGGAAGAAACCAAUAAUGGAGUGGAGCAUCAGGAUAAUGAAAGUACAAUAUCGACAGUGACGGUCCAAACAGAUGGAGGAAGUGGAGGCUUUGUGACAGACAGCACCAUUCCUGACACAUCUUCUGUUGUCUCUGUGAAAUCAUCAGUAUCCACAAGAUCCUCCCGCUCUGGACUCACCAGACAAGGAUCAACAUUCAGACCAUUGAACUCUGGGAAAAAGUCAGAAAAGGCCAAGACAAGGAGAAGACACAGGAAGACUGUUGCGGCUAUCCCGCACCAUGUUCAGAGAGAGCUGGGCCUUGACAGAACAGGCUGGACACUGACUCAGAAGUUAGAUGAGGAAGAGCUUUACAAUGGCGACACUGAUUGCAGCCCCACCACCGAUGGGCCACAGCACGCAGCAGAGUCACAAAAGGGAGCACGUGCCAACAUUCAGGCUGUGAAUGUCAUCCAGCCUCUCAGCAAAGACAUAGUCGAACAGCUCGGUGCCACCCAUGCUGGACAUAGGGACGACCUGGCUCUGCUGCCCCACCUGGGCCCUGACUUGGAAGGUGAUCAGAGGCCUCAGUCACUGGCUGUUCCCUGGAUGACCACUGCUUCUAGCCUCCAGCAGGAGCCGCCCAGCCCUGUCAUGACCAUGUCGCCGCAGGCUGCUUACAUGUCCAAAAUCAUUCCCAAUGCUGUGUUGCCACCGUCCAUUGACGUGGUGGAAAUCAGCCGCAGCCGGAGUCGCAACAGUGUCCGCACAGUCAGCAAGAGCAGCCUGGUGCUGUCUAGCCCGGCUUCCUCCCGUGCUUCUUCUAGAGCCUCUUCAUCCAGAACAGUUUCCUCCAGACCCUCGUCCAGAGCUUCCACCAUCACCUCUGCCUCUCAUCAAAACUUUCGUAGUGUGUCUGACAGUUCUGGUUGGAGUAAUUCCGACUCCUCUGAGACCUUGGUAUCCGACAGUUCAACUAUCUCCAGCAGCAGCACUCCCAGGCAAAAGACAUCUCAGGACGAAGACGCUUCUGCUAAGGAGGACAAAGUUGGUGUUCACAGGUCCAUCAACAAAUCCUCCAAAGGCACCUCCAAUGGCAAGCUCCUAACUAAGGUAGACGAGGUUAAGAAAGAUGGGCAGUUUAUGCGUAGCCUCUCCGUUAUGAAGCCAAAGAGGGCUCCUCCUCCUCCAAGUCGCUCCUAUUCCCUCCACAAUAAGAUGAAGCGAAGGUCACGUGAUCUGGCAGAGGUUAAGGUCAUUUCUGGACAACCCUCUCUAAACACCAUCUCAGCUGCACAUGAGGAAAAUGAAAAAAACAAACCAGAAUCUUCUCCUGUGCCCUCCAGGCCUGUAGACAGCCCUGGUUACAAUGCUGACACCAGCUCUCUUGAUGACUCUACAGGCUCUGUGUCAUUUAGUCCCUUAAAAUCUCAGCUGGAGGUACUAAAGACAGAGGAUGCUAAAAAAGAUGCAGAAAAGGUUUCUAAAGUUGCUUCAGAAGAAAAGCAGGAACCACUGAAAGAGAAUAAGCUAAACAACAUAAUCUCUCCAACCAGUGGCUACUCCAGCACAUCUCCACGGCUUUCUAAACAACAUCACAGUCCAUCUCCAAAGCAAAAGAAAGGCCUAUUAGCAAAGCUUCAAAGGUUAUUUCCUGCAUCCUCUUCUGCUGGUUCUUCUCCAUCCGUUCUAACACAGCCAGAGGCUCCUGAAAACACAAGGGAACUUAAACCUGAAUCAGUUGACACAAUCAGUGUAAGCCCAUCUGUACGAACCUUGAGAGAGCUCUUCAACAUCCCUCCACCACCAAAGGUCCACGCCCCUCCACCUCCUCCACCUGAGGUAUGGGCUCACAGCACGCGUUCAAUUGAGUUGCUCUUGGGACCUCCAGCCCCCGGUAAGACUUAUGCUAUUGUAAAGAAGAAUCCAAAGGACAGGAGACAACAGAGGCAGUCUCCUUCUGUAUCUGCAGAGGGCUCUGUGAAAAGCUUGGUGGUAGAAAGAAAACAUAAGAAUCCAACUGUAACAGUUGAGUCUGUUAUUGGAUCCCUUCAUGAGAUGGAGACAAAGAAAGUUCAAGAAAGUACAAUUUUUAAUGCAGAGAAAGAGAACAAUGAAAGACUGACUCGGAAUGUAGAUGUGAAAGGAAGUAGUAAAGUUGAGAAAAUGAGAGCAAGUGAUUUGUUAAAUGGGAUGUUAGUGAAGGCCGCAGAGAAACGGGAAGAAAGGCUGGCAGCAGUGAGAGAAGAAGCAGCUAAGAAGACAUCCACCCAAGCUACAGAUGAAAAGACUAACACGAAUACGAUACCUGCCAUUUCAUUAGUACGUAUUUCGCCUUCGCCAUCUCCACCUCUGGGUCACCAUCAGCUCCAACCCCUUACCAGACAGACCACAGAAGCUGCUACUAUCAAAUCAACAGAAGUUGUUGUAUCCCCUGAGUCAUCCUGGCCUCCACCACCUCCACCAAUCUCACAAGUGAGCCUUAAUGGGCCUGAUGAGACCGAUUUCCCUCUUCCACCCCCACCACUGUUUGGUGAAGAGGGCUUAGUUUUACCUGUCAAGGUACCACCAAAAACAUCCAUUCUUGCGCCUGUUACAUCGGUGGUGAAAACAGCAAGUGUGAAGUUGAUCUCAGGAGCUGAACCACAGAAACCCAGUGUGUCUCAGGAAAUAGCACCUCCACCCCUGAAUAUCCCACCUCCCCCACCAUAUGCAGCUCCCCCUCCCCCAGCUACAGUAGUCAUAAAACCUACAAUCAAAAAUGUCUCGCUACCAACAAAGGAGGUUCCUCCACCACCACCUCCAGAGGUUUUUCCUGUGAGGUCCAAAGAGUCCUCUUCUACUGUGGUUCAAGAUGUGUUCCCACUGGGUAAAGACAUCUCCCCGACAGUGGUUAAAGUGGUAUCUCCCUCCCCAAUUAAAGAAGUUCCACCUCCACAGGUUGUCAAGGCUUCCCGUCUGCCUCCCAAAGAGUCCUCUGCUUCCUUGGUUCAAGUUGUGCCCAUCCUACUUAAAGAGGCAACCCCCACACUGGUUACAGUAGUGCCUCCCUCCCCAGUUAAAGAGGUCUCACCUCCACUGGUUAUUGAGGUCUCCCCUCCACCUCCCAAAGAGUCCUCUGCUCCUGUGGUUCAAGUUGUGCCCCUCCUAGUUAAAGAGGUCACCCCCACACUGGUUUCAGUAUUGCCUCCCUCCCCAGUUAAAGAGGUUUCACCUCCACUGGUUAUUGAGGUCUCCCCUCCACCUCCCAAAGAGUCCUCUGUUCUUGUGGUUCAAGAUGUUCUCCCACUUGUUAAAGACACCACCCCCACAGUGGCUACAGGAGUUCCUUCUACACCAGUUAAAGAAGCCUCACCUCCACAGGUUGUUGAGGUUUCUCCUCUGCCUCCCAAAGAGUCUUCUGCUUCCAUGGUUCAAGAUGCACUCCCACUUGUUAAAGGCAUCCCCUCCACACUGGUUACAGUAGUGUCUCCUUCCCCUAUUGAAGAGGUCUCGCCUCCACUGGUUAUUGAGGUCCCACACCCACCUCCUGAAGAGGUUUCUGCUCUGCCCCAUGAAGAGGUUACUUCUCUACCUCCUCAAGAAGAUGCCUCUCAGUCCUCUGAAGAGGAACAACCUGUCAUCACUCUUACUCCACCACAAAGUAUUCCACCUCCCCAACCAUCACAACCGCAGUCAUCAGAGCAGGAGAUUGAUCUUUCACAAGAGAACACCCCUUUUGUACCUGAGAGUAACCCAGUUUCAUUUAACAGUAUUCUCACUCCCCCUCAGAGUAUUCCACCUCCACCUCCAGUAGAGCUUUUCCAAAAGCCACAGGUUGUAGCCCCAAAAACUGAUGGUCCAACAACCCAGGAGACCCUGCCUUCGCCUCUAUCUGAAAUCUCAAUGCAGCCAGCUCCUGCAACCUCUCCUCCAUCAGAAAAGGCUCAAGAAUCUGCUCCUUCUCCCAUAAACAUUGAUUCACCUCCACCUUUACCAGCACAGGAUCUUGCCAGCAUUGAGGACCUACCUAGUCCUUCAAGCACAGAAAACCAAACCCAAGAUCAGACCCCUGCUCCUGUUGUACAAGAGGAAACAACUCCUGUUGUUACCACAUCCCUUCUGCAGAUGGUCAAGAUGCGGUCCCUGAACAGCGGCCCUGAGCCCCCUAAAGCUCAAAAGCAACCACAGACUGAGGUCACAAUGAGAAAGCAGCAGCCCAGCACUCAGGUCCCAACAUCAUCUGCCAGUAGUGAGGCUCCUCCGAAGCCCAUCAGAAGGUCUCUGAUCAUGACCUCUCCCACAUCUUCUUCUCCACCUGUCAUAUCCAUUUCACAACCAACUCUUCCCAAGUCCCAUUCUGUUGUGGUUCCACCUGUAUCUUCAUCCACAGCCCUCUCCCCUAUGAAAAAGUCUCCUCCUGCCAUGACUACUUCUCCCUCCAUGAACCUACAGGAGGCCAUCCGUCUGAGGACAGCAGCCAGAUCAAAAGAAGGCACUGCAUCUCGCCUCAGCCUGCACUCACCAACAUCACCCAUGGACCUCCAUAAGUCCCCAACCAGUACUGCAAGCUUUAUCUUUUCCAAGAGCAACAAGAAGGUGGUGAUUGAGACUAAGCCAGUGCUGGAGGACAAACAAACUAUACAGAAGAAUGUGGAGGUUCCCACUGUUACGAAGGUGAUCAGUGAAGCAGAGUUAUUGAAGAAAGAAGUCAAAGUGCCGCCACCUGUUGCAAAGAAACCAACAACAAAGGGCAAGGAAGUUGAGACCACCGAAAGCAAGGAGCAAACUGCAGGACAGGAAGUGCAACAAGAGAGUAUCGAAGCUUCAGAUGCUGCGGAGAAAACAAAUGGGACAGCAGGUACUGUUGAAGGAGAAGAGACAUCGUCUACAUGAUUGUAAAGACUGAAGGACACCUGGGAAGGACUUACCAAUAACAUUUACUUCAUUGCAUGUCUAUAUGUGUGGUAGACAAGAAGCGGAAUUUGGAUUAGUGAAAUCCUAAUUUCAAAAAUUACAUUUUGAAAUGUUCUUGAGUUAUUUGAAUUUGAGUCAAUGGUGUUGGUCUUAAUUUCCUGAAGUACUUAUUUUGCAUUUUACAGAGUAAAUGCUGCAUAUUUUCUUUGCCAGAGGGUGUUCUGAGCUUUGCUGUUGAAAGAGAUGGGGAUAUAUCGCCCUCUAGUGUCAAACAGUGAUUGUACCACUUGUGUCCUGCUGAAUCAGAGCUUUCAUCAGUACUUGGGACUUUUGGGCGCUCAUCUGUAAAUAUAGCAACAUAAAGUAUAUUUAACAUAUCCACAGCAAUAAUAAAUUUGUUCUACAGAGUUCUGUUCUGUGUAUUUUCCAAGAGAGUUUCCACACCAAUUAUAUUUGUUAAAAAAAAAUAUUAUCUAACUUAUUUUUCCUGUCAUGUUCAGAGGGUCUGUACAGACAGUGUCACCUUUGCAUUGUUUGUUAAAUCCUAACAUCAUAAUAUAAUUCAAGUUUCUUUUUGUAGCUGCACAAUCAUAUCCAAAUUUAUGUUUUCAAGAAUCCUAGGUUUUUUUCUUGUUUCGAGGCUAUCUAUGCACAUGGCAAUUAAUGUCACUGAAAAUGCAGACGUAAAGCAAUACUAAAGUCAUUGUUAUGGAGCACAUUUUCUGCUGCUUUUAGUUACUGAUGUUGGAAGUGUUGCCUUUCCUCAGUUCUUAUGGCUCAAACAGUGGGAUGUUUGUGUUGGAUUUCAAACUGGUUUUAGAGACUAUAAUGUAAGAAAAUCAUUUAUAAAGAAAAAAUUAAAGAUUUAUGGACAAAUCAA